AUGAAGGAUAUCGUCACCCUGCGCGCCCACAAGGGGCGCUCGACUGUCGUCAUGGAUAAGGCUGAGUACUGCACAACACUAGGCAACCCCUUGAUGGACAAGGAAGCUUAUGCGCCAUCGACCGUCAGCGAGUUUAAAAAGCUCGUAAACAGCAUAAACAGGAUGAUCGGCAAGCUGAGGAAGGCGGCAGCUCUUACGAGAAGGGAAGCGUUGACCGCAAAAGCCAGUGAUACCGCGAUGGCGCGCUUCUACGGCCUACCAAAGGUCCACAAGCAGGGGGUGCCGCUACGCCCCAUCGUCUCCUUACGUUGUACUCCAAACUUUGGGCUGUCAAAGUGGCUGUACCAGCGACUUUGUUUCCUUACCAAGGAUUCGGAGUGGACAGUAAAGUCGGCUGAAGAGUUCUUGAUGCGCACCAAACAUCUCGAAGUGGAGGCAGAUGAGGUGAUGGCGUCAUUUGACGUGAUCUCCUUAUUCACCUUCAUCCCACCCGCGCUGGCUAUCGACACUAUUGACGGUUUUCUCCAGGAAAAGUAUGAUGAGACCGACCAACAGCUCAAACGAGCACACAUGAUAGAACUGUGUCGUAAGACCUUCUUUUCAUUCAAAGGCCAAGUUUACGAGCAAAAGAAGGAGACAUCGAUGGGCUCGCCUCUGUCUGGACUAAUUGCCGAAGCAGUUUUGCAGAGGCUAGAGCAGCAGGUCUUCAGCUCGUACCCCCGAAGUUCUGGGCCAGAUACGUCGACGACACGUUCGUUGUAA